AUGCCCGUCAAACCUCUCGACAAGCAGACAGUCCUUGCGACGAUACACCAAUUUCCUUCCCUCGAGCCCCUCCGCUUCCAGACAUAUCCUGCAAACCACCUCCAUCUGCCCACGCGAAGAGACAUAUUACACCGCGCUGUUGUAUACGAGGGAGAUUCAACCCGGCUCGGAACCGCCUCGACCAAGACUCGGUAUGAGGUGCACGGGUCAAGAAGGAAGAUCCGGCCACAGAAGGGCUCUGGUCGCGCACGUCUGGGAGACAGGAAGUCGCCCAUGCUCAGAGGUGGAGGCGUAGCAUUUGGCCCCAAGCCCCGCGACUUUGCAACCGAGCUACCGAAGAAGGUGUACGAUCUGGCAUGGCGAACAGCACUCUCAUACCGCUUCCGCAAAGGCGAGCUGAUCAUCGUGGACAACGCCAUAGAGAUCGAGAGCCCAUCUCCUCGCCUGCUCGGCGAUAUUUUCAAGUAUCACGAGAAGAUACAAGGGAGGGGACGUAGUCUCAUGGUCACACUGGAAGAGCGACCCCUCCUCGAGGACGCACUCGAGCAAAUGGGCCGUGGCGGACAGGCUCUCACAUGGGAGGAAGUCGACGUCAAGAACCUUCUUGAACUCUCUCGCGUCAUGAUCGAGCGCGACGCCCUGCACAACAUCCUCUUCUCGCACCAAGAAGAUCUCACAAACAAAACCGUCCAGCCAUGGCACAAGUCCUUCAUCCGCGAAUCCCCGCCCAAAGAGCUUGAAAGCAUACUUGGCUGGGCAGAAUUCCGCGAACUCCAGCAGAUUGAGGAUCUGGACCCAAAGCAACUGGACGUGGCGCGCCCAACCCUCUACGAGGACGUGGCCGACAAGCGCUGGGAGCGUGCUACUACCAUGCCCGAGGGCCCUCAACGCACCGAGCUCAGUAUAUCAGCUUACAACCUCCUCGCCGAAGCAAAGGAACUCCAUUUCCACCGCAUCACCGGCGGCCUCUCAUGGUCCGACUACAUAAAAUACGAGUUCGACUUCCCCCGCUCCCAACAGCUCGGCCAGCAGCGCGCCAUCCUACUCGAGCGCGCGACCUCGAGUUCCCAGGUAUCUCCUCUCGACGGAGAAGUCUUGGAACUCGAAGCUGCAAGGCUAGCGGUGCAGGACCAGGAAAUGCAGCAUGAGGCGGCCAUCUUGGCUGCGCAGGUGUGGGAGCAUCGCGCCGAGGCGCAGGCUCUGAUGGGCGAGGAAGACGCUGCGGAGGAGAGAAAGAAUAUGGCCAGCGAUGAGCGCCUCAAGGUAGACGAGAGGGACUUGGAGGUCUCAAAGGCCAAGUUGGAUGUGGCGAGCAGAGAGCUCAGGGUCGCGACUAUUAAGAAAGAUUGGCAGGCGCAGACGAAGGCGCAGAACAAGGUCGACGAAUUGACGGGCGAGGUCGAGAGGAAGGAGAAUGAAUUAGCAGCCGCUCAGGAACUGGAGACGGAUGAGGUGGAGGCGUCGGAGGAGAUUGCGAAGAUUGAGGGGGGGAAGAAGUAG